AUCACCACAAAGACGAUAAACGAGAUUUUGAUUGGACGCUACUCUGCUUAAUAAGUUUGAGACAAGCGGACUACUUAAGGAUUUAAUGGAACAAGAAACGUUCUCAAAGAAAAAAGCGCAAGUGGCAUAACUACAUUAUAACAGAGGACAUAAGGAAAAAUGAUGCUACAAGUGGGUGCAACAUCAGUAAUAGCCUUGGCAAUAUUCCUUGAGACGGAAGCGUUUUUUCUCCCGUCGUCGAAACAUUUGGACUUUUAUACAGAUCCAAGAAUUGACUACGGAAGUGACGUCAGAGAUCUGACAUUUCCGGGCCAUAUUGUUUAUUCAAUCGAGCAAAUCCCGCCGAACGAACCAUUUCUGACUGACAGCGACAUCAGCAAUGCAAUUUACCAAGACAUGGCAUCAAAGAAACAACAAGGUGGUAUAAUGCUUCCGAUGAAACGUGCAUUAAAUGGUUUGCCAGAGGUCAGCAAGCGUAUUCACACGUGCGCGUUUAUGAGACGUCUGGGACUUCCUAUCGGCCUAUGUUUCAAAGGCUCCCGGAACCGAGUGAUUCAGCAACCGAGAGUUCAGGAAGACGCAGAGACGCCGGAGCAAGAUGCUUAUGCCUAUCUCGAACGUCAAUGGCCGGUUCACAGUAUGCUUGGUGGAGGUGUGGGAAAGUAACUUUGAUGUUCUGUUGUGGUCAACUUACGUGGCCGACGUAACGUUUUACGUAGUCACAUGCCUAUCCAUUCAUAAUAAACACGUAAUAAAUGUCACUCUUUAAUAUAAAACUGUCAUUUAAGAUCUAUUAAUAAAACAGUUAAAUAGCAUUAUAAUAUACUGAACUUGUUAUACUCAAACUGGAAAGCCUUAUUAACGCAAAGUGAAAACAAGUAAAAGUACAGUUCAACUGAUAAGGAGAGGUGUUAUUUGUUGGGUUUUGUUGUUAUUGUUUUGUUUU